AUGGAAUCAUAUGCUGGAUCUGGGGAGUUCACAGUUUUGCGGAAGUUGCGGUCUGCCUUUAUUGAUAACGCAAUCAUAUAUGGCUCGUACCUUGUGCUAUUUAUUUGCGUGAUGGUAUACCUGCUUGUUAAAAGGGCAAUUUCUUUUGAUGCAUCAUCACUGAAAGUUUUAUUAAUCACUACGAGCAAUACCUGGGGUCUGUUCUUGGUCAUUCUAUUUCUCGGAUAUGGCCUCGUGGAGGUUCCCAGGGCAGUUCUACGCGCCGCAUCUCCGAUUAGCCGACUUCGGUUUUUAUACUUUAACCUCAGCAAACGUUACCUUGAAUACAUUGAAGACGAAGAAGAGCUCAAAAUAGUUCUGUCGGCUUCAGAAAUUGGCGAUGCGGAUAAACUCCAGACAUCGAGUGCCCGGAGCGGGGUCGAUUCUCGCACGUCCAGUCCCGCCGCACCAACUCUGCAGCGCCUGGUGAAGGUGCACAAACGCCUGAAGAAGGCCCACCACCACUGCAGUCGGGCACGCGCUCUCUGGCUCGAGGCUGUGCAGCAAGCCGCGUCAGCCGAGGAUGUCUGCAACAAUUGUACGGCUGGCGGGUACAGCCCACGCGUGUUUGAACGAGGCCCCGCGCCAGCUGUUCUACGCAACACGGGUCUGGAGGCCAAACAGGCGUCCAUGAUGCAACGCUUGAUAGGCGCGAAAGCACUCACCGUCGAGUGGUACUGGAGGUGUCUUCUGUGGCCCCUUCUCCUCCGAGGCCUGGGUGUACUCCUGGCUGCGGUCUCCCUCCUGGUCAUUUGGAGUGAGUGCACGUUUUUCGUCCAACAUCCUAGAUUAUCGGUCAUCGCGGCCAUUCUGCAUAGCCAGUCGACUUCGUACAACCUCAUAGCAUUUUGCAGCUUUUUAUCACUCGGGUAUCUCGGAUUUUGUGUUUACUUCACGGCAUACCGCUUGAGGUUCUUCAACUACUACCGCCUCGUCCCUAAUCAUCACUCAGACGCCAUCAGCCUCAUCUUCUAUGGAUAUAUGCUCUGUCGUGUGACACCCUCGUUGUGUCUGAACUUCCUGUGUCUGGCCCACCUAGAUAGUCACGUGCUGCCAUCUCCCGGCGUCCCCCAAACUAAUGUGACCUCCACCAAUGAAACUUCCGCCAACGUUACUGCCGCGUCCGUCUACUACGAAACAGCUUUCACUAAGUUCAUGGGCCACCUGGACGUGGUAUCGUUCAUAGCCGAUGGUUUCAACAUCUACUUCCCAAUCACCGUGGUCAUCCUCUGCCUCUUCACCUUCUUCAGUCUGGGCAGACGAAUCUUGGCCUGCAUUGGGGUGCCUCAGCUGAUUGACGUCAACUUCACUGAAAAGCACCUUGCAGCUGGUGAGAGCAGCGCAGUUGGCGACGCCAUCGAAGACGGCAGGAUGCUCCUUUACAGAGAGCGGACCCUGGGUAGAACUCGUCGCUUUGCUGGUGGAAUUGACAAGGCAGACGUCCGCGAUCGUCAAAAAAUGGUUGGAAAGCUGUCCAAGUCUGGUGCGCCCUAUACUAACGCCGGCUUCGAAGUAGAAGCCCAGAGUGAAUCAGAACUCGACCAGGCCUUCAGUCCCAAUCAACCGAUUGUUGAAUUUUCUGAAGAGAAAUUGAACGCCAUGUUUCAACCUAACUUGCCAGCUUCCACAAGAGUGUCGGACACCGGCUUCAACUCGGGGGGUCAGUACGCGUCCCUAGAGGGUGAAAGCCGGCCACUCCUAUCAAAGGUGGUCUCUUCGCUUCAACGUAUGUUCGUACCACGGUGA